AUGCCGGCCAACUUCAAGACAUAUGAGGCGCAAUCCCGCCUGAUCGCCUCGAUCAUCGCGGCCCAUCCCGAGCUGAAGCUCAACUACAAAGCUAUCGCGAAGCACUACGGCUCGGAGUGGACUGAGUCCGGCAUUGAGCAUCACUUCCGUCCCUUGAAGAAGGGCGCCCUUGCGCUUCGUGACCUAGUCGCCCAGGGCAAAGACACCAAAGACCAUGACGUUCAUUCGGCUGACGCCGACAAGCUGAAGAAGGCCGUUGAUGCGGGCCAGAGCCCUGCGUCCGCUUUGGGUAGGAGCCAGAGCGGUGCUAUUCCCGUCGCCACUCCCAAGUCCGCUCGCAAGCGUGUGGCCACCACGACCCCCAGAACCGCGAGCAGCAAGAAGACCCGGAAGGUGGCGCCCAAAGAAUCCGACGAGGAGGGCGAUGCGGAAGUGGACUAUGAAGCCCUCGACUCUACGCCAACUAAGGAGCCCAAGCGCCAAACUUAUAUCGACCAGGAUGUCUACCGCCGAGUCACUGGCCACACGCAUCAGCCGAUAAUGUCUGGCGCUCUUCCGGCCCUUGACACCGCGCAUGAGCCUACUCCGUCCGAGGAUGACUUCGUCCCGACUCCCACUCAGACAUUUGCCCCGGCCCAUUCGUUUAACUCUACACAGCCCUCGCAGACUGCGUACGCUUCUUCAUUCGACCAAGCCAAUAGCAUGUCAGAUGAUCGCUGGAACACCAUGGCCGAUGAUCACAAGAACUUUGUGGACCAGCAGUAUUACCUCGACAACGCAGACGGCGAGAUCUGA